GCCGGGGCCAGCCCUUGAGCUUGUCUGGGUUUGAGCUGCGGUGGUGUGGCGGCGGGGUGGUUGCUGGGGUGGCGCACGCAGCGGCGGCGGCCGGGGCGCAGCCGCGCCUCGAGUUCAGGCUCGGGGCUUGUCGGAUGGCGCGGGCUGCAGCGGUCGCGGCGGCUGGCGGGAGCAGCGGGGGCGGCGGCGCUGAGGGUAGCGGUGGCGGCGGGGCGCUUGGCGCGCGUCGGUGA